UGUAAGCCGCACGCUUUUCCUCCUGGUUCCCCCUCGGUGCACGUGUUUCCUGCGGCGCUGGCAGACAUGGCGGCCCCGAUCAUAGAGCAUGUGCUGGCCCAGGCCGAGAGGGACGAGGCGGAGAGGCUGCAGCUCAUCACCGUGCACAAGGAGUUGGAGCUGCAGUAUGAUCCGGGCAGCCUGCUGGCCAUAGAUCCCAACCCCCCGGACACCAAGAGGUUCCGGCAGCUCAACCGGGCCGAGUUCCUGCGCUCCCUGGCCCGGGACAACACGCAGCUGCUCAUCAACCAACUCUGGACGCUGCCCACCCACCGGGUGCAGGAGAUGGUGGUGGCCGAGCUCCCGGAUCCCAGCACCCGCCUUCCCCGGGAGAAGCCGGUGCCCAAGCCCCGGGCCCCCACCCGCUGGGAGGAGUUCGCCCGGCUGAAGGGCAUCCAGAAGAAGAAGAAGACCAACCUGGUGUGGGACGAGGUGCACAAGGAGUGGCGGCGGCGCUGGGGCUACAAGCGGGCUAAAGACGACACGAAAGACUGGCUGAUCGAGGUGCCGCACACCGCUGACCCCGGCGAAGACCAGUUCGCCAAGCGGCUGGCCGCCAAGAAGGAGCGGGUGGCCAAGAACGAGCUGAACCGCCUGCGGAACCUGGCCCGGUCACAUAAGGGGAAAGUGCCCGGGGUGGGCCUCACCCCCACCGCCCAGCCGUCCCAGGAUGACCUGGGCAAGGCCAUGCAUGUGGCCAAGCGCUCAACCGCAUCCAUGGGCAGGUUCCAGGACAAGCUGCCCAAGGAGAAGGAGCCCCGGAACGCCGGCAAGAGGAGGAAGUUCCAGCCGCUGCUUGGAGACUUCAAGGCGGAAAGGAGCCGGCAGCUGGAGAUCCUGCAGGUCCUGGGCAGCAAGAAGCCGGCCCUGGAUGUCACCAAGGCGGUCAACAAGCAGAUGCGGGAGGAGGACGCGGAGGAGGCUGCCAAGAGGAGGAAAAAAAAGGGCCGAGGCAGCAAACCUGGAGCUGGCCCUAAGAAGGGGAAAGGCAAGGGUCCGGCCAGAGGGGGCAAGGGACCGGCCAAAGGGGGCAAAGGGUCUGCUGGGAAAGGAUUCGGUGGUAAAAGGAGACACAAAUAAUGGACUGUUACAAAGUUCCUCUUGACUACCUUAUUGGGUCAGAUGCCCUGUGGAUAGUGGCACCUAUGGAUCUUGUCUGCCACCUUCGAUCAUGUAUGGGACCUCUUGGUAGGAGCUGUACAUCACCCCAUUAAUGACUGUUUCUAGACUGGGAAAGAGGAUUCGGUUGCACAUGUAAUUGCUAAAAUGUCAAUUGACAAAACAUGUAUUUUGAAAAGAAAAUAUAUAUUUUUAUUUUUUUGUGACUUCAAAAUAAGAAAUGUACAUGACAUGACUUGGAAUAGACUGGCAUAUAAAUGCCAUGUGCCAGGAAUAUAUAUUGAGUGCUGUGGCACAAAUAAAGAUCACUUUACUGCUA